AUGUCGUCGACGUAUACACCCACCACGAUCAGCUCAUUCUCGUCACACUUCUCGAGCGCGACGUCCUUUUUGCUGUCCACUCCAAGUGCCUUGAGCUGCUCGCCUUUAAUCUUCAUACCACUUGGCACACCCCAUAUUGCCGCGAGUCCCAGGAUCACCUUCAUCGUUGACAGGUCCACCACUGCAGCGAAGCAAAUUCGCAGUCGCUGGACACUUCAUGACGUUCCAGACGUCGUUAUCUUCAAGCGCCUGGAUUACUUCCAACAUUGCCUUUGCUCCAACCGUCAGCAUUUGGACCGCGCAUCGCCUCAGCGUGUGUUUUAG